GUGGUGCUGCUGCAAUCACGUGGUUGAACACGACAAUUCUGCGCACUCCAUGUGACUGCAUGAAAAGAACCGCCAAAUAGUAUUCGGAAAAUCAAUGAAAUUAAAGUGAAAUUGUUUCAAAAAACUUUAUAAUGACUAAAAUUUGUUGCAUAUGUGAUAAAACAGAUUGUUCGUACAAGUGUCCCAUAUGCAAAGUACCAUAUUGUUCUGUAAUUUGCUAUAAGGAGCAUAAAGAAAGUAAUUGCCAGCCAGAGGAAUCUCAGCAAGGUGAAGUUAAAGAAGAUAAACCAGAACGUAUCAAGUAUGAAUUUCCUACAGAGGAUACAGUUCCCAUUGAAAAACUAGAACAAUUGCGUUAUAAUGAGGAUUUGAGAAAUUGUUUAAAGAAUCCUCAUGUAAGAAAUAUCAUGCGUGCAAUUUUGACUGAUAAAAAUCCAACAAAGGUUAUUGCUUUGGCUAUGACUGAACCAAUAUUUUUGGAAAUGGCAAAUGAGUGCUUAAAAGUUGUAGAACCAGCAGUUGAUGAUCAACCAUGUUGAUACGCAUAGAUCUGUACAAAGUUGGACCAAAACUGGACCAUCAUUAUAUACUGUGAUACUAUUGAAAUUGGUACAUUACAAAGAAAGGAACGUAAGAGCAACAGCUUCGUGGAGCUUCAUGUAUUGUGAAGAUGUAAAAUAAUAAAAUAAAAGUAACCUGAACUGA